AGCGUAUAAAAACCGGCCUUUGGCCAAAGUAUCCAGUAUAAUCGGCCGGCGUUUAAACGGCCAAACUAGAGAGAAACGCAUUCAGAGAUUUUAGAGAGAGAGAGAGAGAGUCCUCCUCGGAGGACAAGGCGAAAGAGCUUCUCUUUCAGGUUGUUGAGCAAUGGGUGCAGGUGGUCGAAUGUCUGUUCCCCCUAAGAGCAAAAAGCAAGAAUCUGAUGUCCUCCAACGAGUACCCUGCUCAAAGCCACCUUUCACACUUGGUGAGAUCAAGAAAGCUAUUCCAUCGCAUUGUUUCAAGCGAUCCCUUCUCCACUCAUUCUCGUAUGUCGUUUAUGAUCUCACCAUAGCCUUUCUCUUGUAUUAUAUUGCCACCACUUAUAUCCACCUCCUUCCUGACCCUCUCUCCUUACUAGCCUGGCCAGUUUACUGGAUCUUCCAAGGAUGUGUCCUAACUGGCAUAUGGGUCAUAGCCCAUGAAUGUGGCCACCACGCCUUUAGUGACUACCAAUGGCUCGAUGACACUGUUGGCCUCAUCCUCCACUCUGCUCUCCUUGUCCCCUACUUCUCUUGGAAAUAUAGUCAUCGACGCCACCAUUCAAAUACUGGUUCCCUUGACCGUGAUGAAGUAUUUGUCCCCAAGCUCAAGUCCGGAGUUUCAUGGUUUGCCAAAUAUCUCAACAACCCGCCUGGUCGAGUCUUCACACUUAUUCUCCAACUAACUAUUGGCUGGCCCUUGUACUUGCUAUUCAAUGUUUCAGGCCGACAGUAUGAUCGGUUUGCUUGCCACUAUGACCCUUAUGGCCCUAUUUACUCCAAUCGUGAGCGAAUUCAAAUAUACCUUUCUGAUGCUGGUGUUCUUGCUGUCACUAGUGGGCUUUACCGCCUUAUGGCAGCAAAAGGACUUGGUUGGGUUGUGAGUGUGUAUGGAGGACCAUUACUCAUCGUGAAUGGGUUUCUUGUGCUGAUCACUUAUUUGCAGCACACUCACCCUUCGUUGCCACACUAUGAUUCCUCCGAGUGGGACUGGAUGAGAGGAGCUCUUUCAACAGUCGAUAGAGAUUAUGGAAUUCUAAACAGGGUGUUCCAUCAUAUAACAGAUACUCAUGUAGCGCACCACUUGUUCUCGACGAUGCCACAUUAUCAUGCAAUGGAGGCCACAAAGGCAAUUAAGCCAAUUCUCGGAGAUUAUUACCAGUUUGAUGGGACUCCAGUUUUCAAGGCAAUGUAUAGAGAAGCAAAGGAGUGUAUAUAUGUCGAAGCGGACAAUGGUGACCAAAACAAGGGUGUUUUCUGGUACAGAAACAAGCUUUGAGCCUUAUGUGAUGAUAAAGAUUGCAAGUAAGAUUACGAAAAAAAGAAUGCAAAAUGCAGGUAUGGAAGUUCUAUUUUAUUAUUGUCAGUGAAAAAUAGCUAAAUUUAGGUGGAUAUUUUAUUCCUUUGUACUGAACCUCUAAUUUAAGUUGAAUAAAGUUUGCUAACCAUCAUGUUAGGAACAAA